CUGCCCUCUGUCCCUCUCUCUUGCCCCACCUGUCUGCCCUCUCUCCCUCUCUCUUCCAAUGGGCAGCUCUCUAGGCUGCGUGAAACAGCAGAGGGAGGUGGGGGCCGGAGUUGCCCACCCACUGUCCCCAAAAAAGAGGCUCCGGUUCAAACGCAAGCGCAGAGCCAGGAAAUCCCAGCAGAGGGAGCAGGACGAGGGGGGGGCGGGGGCUGUUGAAGAUGAGGAGGAGAGGAAGCGAGCCGAACGUGAGAGAGGACUGGUGGCCAAGAGUACAGACGACAGAAACAAGCGCACCAAACCUGAAGACACGGAGGACAGCGAGACCGUGACGGAGACCGAGAGCUCAUUAGCCAAGAAACGGAAACAGCACUUUGAACCCUCGUCUGUGGGGGCUGAGCACCCCCUGGAAGAGGGGGCGCACGAGAGAGAGCCGGAGGAAGCACCAGAGGAGAGGGUGCUGGUUCUGUCGCCUGAGCCGAGCCCAGCCUGGAGGGCAGUCUUCUAUGAGCCCCCGAGUGGCAGCACCAUCGCUGAGAGCAGAGGCAUGGGCAACAGCGAGGGCAGCAGCAGCCCUGGCGGCGGGAAGGUGUACCGCGUGCGGGAGAGAGUGCAGGGGGUGGUGGAGAGGCCCUGGCUGGUCCAGUCCGAGCACGAGGACUUGGGAGAUGAGGAUGAUGACGAUUACGAGGAUGAAGAGGAUGACUCGGUUUCGUCUGAUACUGAAAGCAGGAGCGUGGUCCGAAUUCGUGAGGUUGCGGGAAGGCUGUGUGUGGUCAGGACUGUGUACCCCAGUUUCGGAGUCUCAUUUUGGGCUGCAGGGGCAACAGACUCGGUGGAGGUGAUUCACCACACCCCUGUGCUGUCCAGAGAGGCCGGCGACAUCCAGAGAGUGCAGUUGUGCGAGGAGGGAGCAGGGAGCCCCAAAAUUAGCAGCAAAGAAGGACGGGAGACCCCAGGAUCUGAGCUGGGCCAGAGAAAGCUGGGAGAUAGAGUCGGCCAAGCGGACGUUUCGUGGUUGCCCCUGAAACCCAGUCUUGGGGACCCUAUGGUGGUUUGGGAAGGGGUGGCAGGCCCUGUAGCAGAAGACCUCAGCCCGACACCAGAUGCUUCCGCAUCAGCUUUGGGGUAUCCCUUUGCCUCACUUCCCCACUCUUCUGGGUAUGCCAGCGACCUGCCCCUGACUUCUCCAGAACUGGGCACCCUUCAGACAGACUGGGGGCUCACCAGUAGCUCCUCCGAAAUCUUAGACUCCUCAGUUCUGGGGAGCCCCCUGUCGCCCCUGGGAGACACCCCUGGAGAGAGCGUGGACCCCAGCCAUCAGCCCACACAGAUCUCGGAGGUGUACGUGAGUGGGGAGUCAAGCGACCUCACGGCGAAGGAGCGGCUGUUGCUAUGGACACAGAAAGUGACGGAGGGCUAUCCUGGCCUGCGAUGUACCAACUUCACCUCCAGCUGGAGCGAUGGCCGCAUGUUCAACGCCAUUUUGCACCGAUACAGGCCAGAUCUGAUCGACAUGGAUGCGGUGGCAAGGCAGAGUAACCGAGAGAACCUGGAGCAGGCCUUCGAGAUCGCCGAGUCGCUGGGCGUCACGCGCCUCCUGGACUCCGAAGACGUGGAUGUUCCUUCUCCUGAUGAGAAGUCCGUCAUCACCUACGUGUCCUCUAUCUACGAUGCCUUCCCGAAGGUUCCCGAGAGUGGAGAGGGCAUUGGCGCACAUGAGGUGGACCAGCGCUGGUCGGAGUACCAGACCCGAUUCUCCGGCCUGCUGCAGUGGGCCCGGCAGCACACGGCCCGCAUGGCCGACAAGAGCUUCCCGCAGAACCCUGUGGAGCUCAAGGCACUGUACAACGAGUACGUUCACUUCAAAGAGACGGAGAUCCCAGUGAGAGAGAUUGAAAAGGGCAAAGUAGAGCACUUAUACAAGAUGCUGGAGGUAUGGAUGGAGUUUGGGCGGAUAAAGCUGCCCCAGGGGCUGCACCCCAACGAGCUGGAGGAGCAGUGGGGCAAACUGAUCCUGGAGAUGCUGGAGAGGGAGAAAGCACUGAGGCCAGCAGUGGAGAGGUGGGGCAGACUGUGUGGGCGGUGUGGUGUGUUGCACACUUCGUUCACGGUUGUGUUCUUGUGCAGGGUGGCCUGUCUCCAGGAGGAGCUGGUCGCAGUGCGGCUACAGUGUUCCAGCGUCUACAGGAAGGGCCACUUUGCCCCCGGGGGGCUGUCUGGAGAUCAGGGGGGGCUGAGCAGGGCGGGGCUCUCUCUGCCCUUAGGAGCCCAGACCCUGCUGGCAGCUGGCGGCGCGGCGGUAGCUCGACUCAGGCGGCCUCUGUCCCGCGCGGAGCUGGUGUCGCUGUCGUCCUCCGAGGACGAGGGGAGCCUGAGGUUCAUCUACGAGCUGCUGGGCUGGGUGGAGGAAAUGCAGGUGUCUCUCGAGCGGGCAGAGUGGGGUGCGGACCUGCCCGGCGUGGAGCAGCAGCUGGAGUCUCACCGAUCUGUCCACAGCAUUGUAGAGGAGCUCCAGCAAAGCCUGAGAGAGGCCAGGCUGUACGAGUCAAAGAUCUCUCCGAACUUCCGGAGCAGUUACACAGAGACCCUGGCCAAACUGGAGCAUCAGUACUGCAAACUGCUGGAGACAUCAUCAUGGCGAUUGCGGAGCCUGGACAGCCUGCAUGGCUUUGUGUCUCACGCCACUAUGGAGCUGAUCUGGCUCAAUGAGAGAGAGGAGGAGGAGCUCGCCUUCGACUGGAGCGAAGCCAACGCCAACGUUGGCGCCAAGAGGCAGCUCUAUUCCUUCUUCAGCGAUGCGCGGGACUGCGAGUCGUACCUGCGCGGGCUGCAGGACACUAUAAAGCGCCAGUACACCUCUGACAGGAGCAGCCGCCUGGCCAAGCUGGAGGACCUGCUGCAGGACUCCAUGGAGGAGAAGGAGCAGCUGAUUCAGUACCGCAGCUCUGUGGCCAGCCUGGUGGGGCGCGCCAAGUCCAUUGUGCAGCUGAGACCCCGAAACGCAGACAACACUGUGGAGACCACCACCCCCAUCCGGGCCAUCUGUGAUUACCGCCAAAUAGAGGCCUCUGCUCAGAUCACUAUCGGCAAGAAUGAGGAGUGCGUGCUGCAGGACAACUCCCAGCGCACCAAGUGGAAGGUGAUCAGCCCCUCUGGGAACGAGGCCAUGGUGCCCUCUGUCUGCUUCACUGUGCCUCCGCCCAACCCUGAGGCCCUCGACACCGCCAGCAGGAUCGAGCAGCUCUACCAGAACGUCAUGUCCCUGUGGCACCAGCUGCAUGUCAACAUGAAGACCGUUGUGUCCUGGAACUACCUGCUGAAGGACAUCAGGACAGUGUCCUCCUGGACCCUGGACACGGUGCGCUCCCAGUCCCCAGCGGAGCGGCAGCAGGCUCUGGAUCACCUGACCACUCACCUGGCCGACUUCCUGCAGGACAGCCGGGAGAGCACGCUGUUCACCGCCGCCGAGCACCGCCAGCUGGAGGAGGAGGUGGAGUCGAGCCGCGCCCACUGCCAGUCCCUGCUCGUCUCCAUGGAGACAGUGGAGAAGGACGAGCUGCUCUCCCGCUCCUACCUGUCGGAGCUGCAGAACAUCAAGCUGCACCUGGAGGAGGCGGAGCAGAGACUGACCCGCCGGAUACAGGCCCCGCCCCCCGGCGUUGCCGCGGAGCCCGAGGCCGGCCAGGAGAGUGUGGUGCGCAUCGCUGAGCAGGAGCGGCUGCAGCAGGAGCUGGUUGGGCUGCAGUCGGACCUGGGCCAGGUGUCCAGGAAGUGCGUCAGCUUCUUCGACGAGUCUCCUACCUCCGCCAGCGUCCCCGCCCUCCGCUCGGAGCUGAACCUGACUGUGGAGCGCAUGGAGCGCGUGCAGUCCCUGUCCUCUGUCUACCUGCACAAGCUGAAGACCGUGGAUGUGCUGUUGCGCAGUGCGCAGGCCGCAGAGAGCCUGGUGAAAAAGUAUGAGAGCAGGCUGAGUGAGGAGGACAUCGUCCCGGCUGACCCCACGGCCAUACAGGCCCUGAGAGAGCAGCUGCAGCGAUGGACGUGCGAGGCCCGGCAGCAGCAGCCGGUGUUCCAGUCUCUGGAGGAGGAAGUCCGGAGAGCCCGGGAAGCAGGGGACCAGCUGGCCCGGCUGAACCAGGAGCGCAGCCCCGAUGUGGACCGGUACCAGGAGAGGGCGGCCCAGCUCGCCGAGCGCUGGGUGGGAGUCCAGAGACAGAUCGAGACCAGACAACUGGACCUGGAGGCGAUCGGCUCUGUGCUGCAGCAGUACCGGGACGGGCACUCGGCGCUGAUCCACUGGAUCGAGGAGAUGACGGAGAGACAGGAGAGGACGCAGCCUGGACAGAGGGAGGACAGCCGUGCACUGGCAGAGCAACUGAGCCAGCAGACGGCCCUGGUUGCAGAGAUAGAGCUGAACCAGACCAAACUGGACCAGUGCCAGACCCAGUCCAAACAGUACUGCGCUGCCGUCAAGGACUACGAGCUCCAGCUGAUGACAUACAGGGCGUUCGUGGAGUCAACACAGAAAUCGCCGGUCAAGAGGAGGCGGAUGCACUCUUCAUCAGACACCAUCACGCAGGAGUUCAUGGACCUGCGGACACGCUACACGGCUCUGGUGACCCUGACGACGCAGCACGUGAAGUACAUCAGUGACGCCCUGCGCAGACUGGAGGAGGAAGAGAAGGAAGUGGAGGAGGAGAGACAGGCUCGGGUGGGACAGGUGUCGGAUCUGCUGGGCUGGGUCAGGGGGCUCGCAGACAGAGACACUGUGAGGGAGGGUGACCUCCAGAACCUGGAGAGUUCCCUCGCCAAGCAGCAGGCGAUCUCCGAGCAGCUGGCCGCCAAGAAGGAGGAGGUGUCGGAGGCCGUGAGGAGCACCGAGGUCUUCCUCCUCUCCAAACAGGCCAGCAGGCUCUCGGCGGAGGAGCGGGCGCGGGUCACGGGGCAGCUGGGCGACCUCCGCGACGCCUACAGCCAGCUGUGCGAGCGGUCGGGCCGGCGGCGGCGGCAGCUGGAGGAGCACCUGGCCCGCGAGCAGGAGCGCCAGGGCCACGGCGCGGUCGCAGGCGUGAUUGACCUGGGCACCGUGGAGAUCUUCCCCGUGUUCCAGGCCAUGCAGAAGGGCCUGGUCGACCAGGACACCGGCCGGGCGCUGCUGCAGGCGCAGCUCGCUCUGGGCGGCCUCGUCCUUCCGCACAGCGGCGAGAGCCUCUCGCUGGCGGCGGCCCUGGAGCGGGGCGUGGGCCGGGCCGGGCAGCUGAGCCUGGCUGCGGCCUGGGAGCGGGGCCUGCUGACGCCCCGGCUGCACUCCGAGCUGCUGGCGCGGGCGCGGCGCAAGGAGCUGAUUGACCCCAACACGGCGGACAAGCUGAGCCUGCGCGAGCUGCGGGAGAGGUGCGUGGCGCACGGGGACACGGGGCUCCGGCUGCUCCCCGUCAGGCAGCGGGCCGGAGGGGUGGUCUGCAUGAAGUCCGGCAGGAAGGUGGGCAUCUUCCGCGCCGUGCAGGAGGGGCUCGUCGACCGGCAGGUCACCGUGCGGCUGCUGGAGGCGCAGCUGUUCGCCGGCGGGAUCGCGGACCCCCGCUCGGGCCACCGGCUCACCGCGGACGAGGCCGUGAGGCACGGGCUGAUCGACCAGGACAUGGCGUGCGCCCUGCUGACGCGCCAGCUGCAGGCCGGGGGGAUCGUGGACCCGGCGACCGGAGAGAGGCUGGGCGUGGACGAGGCCGUCCGCCGCGGCCUGCUGGCUCCCAGAGCCGCCCUGCUGGUGCUGGAGUCCCUGUGGUCGUUCAUGGGCGUGCUGUGGCCGGAGUCGGGAGAGGUGCUGCCCCUGUCUGAGGCCCUCCAGCAGGGGGCGAUCUCCACAGAGCUGGCCUGCGAGAUCCUGCGCCAGCGUCGGAGAAUAGGCGCCCUCUACCUUCCCGAGACCAGUCGCGUGGUCCCCCUGGAUCAGGCCGGGGAGAUUCUGGACUCGAGCGCUCUGGAGGUUCUGAGGGGAACCCCAAUCCCAGAUGUGCUGCCCAGUAUGAGCCAGUCGGGGUCACUGACUGUGAACCGGCUGAGCUGGGACUCGGCCUCCUCCUCUCCUCCACCCUCCCCGGACAGUGGGGGCUCCCCCCCAGUGACCCCUCCCGCGCCGCGCUACAGCCCCGGCCCAGCGGAGGACACAGACCCUCAGCAGGAGAGCCAGCAGAGGCUGCUGUUCCACCUGAUGACGCACAGCUAUGUAGGUGCUGGCGAUGGGCAGAGGAUGCUGCUUCUCGAACCCGAGCUUGCUCAGCUGGCCAGCAGCAGCGCGGCCCAGAUCAGGAGAGGCCCAGAACUCAAAGCAGCCGAAGCCGAGACGGAGAGCGGCCCAACCUCGCGACCCAGCUGCAACACUGUGGCACGCGGGACACUGGGGUUCGAGAGGUUUGUAGCUGCAGAAGAGGGAAGCGAGGGAGACGGUGUCUCUGUUUCCCUGGAAGAACAAAGGCCUGGGAAAAAGAAAAGGGAAAAACCGGAAAAGGAGCUGGAGAGAGACCAGAAAGUAGAGGUGCUUAAAGAAGAGACUGAGCACGAGCUUCUGUCCGCAGCCCCUGGACACGGCGCUGGGAGACCCGAGGUGUGGCUGCCAGAUGAGAGAAGGAAUGAAACCAGAGAGGGGAGGAGGCUGGCAGGAGUGGAAACACAGACAUGGAAGGAGGAGGAGAUCCUUGGUCCCAUUCCCACAGGCACUCCGAAGAUUGCAGAUCCUGAAACUCAUGCUGGGACAGAGUCCUGGAAGACAGAAUCUAGGGAUGGCCCCUCUGUGAUGGACUGGACAUCAGAGGUACCGCUCGACCCGGACCUGGCUGCAGGGAAGGUGGUCAGUGUUCCCCUGCCCACAGAAGGCGGGGUCGAGGAGAGGCAGAUGUUAAUGGUAGAGGAAAGACACACAGCUGCAGUGCUGGACAGCCAUGGUGCUGAGGAAAGACGGGCAGAAUCAGAGCCGUCCAUCUGGCUCAGUGAGGCCCAGUUGGGUACACAGCAGAUCUCCUCAAAGCUAGACCACACCACUCUGUCUGAGAAGCAGGCAGUAAUCGAACAACGGCAACUAGACACAGGCGUGUCACGUCACAAAGACAAGGAAUUCCUCCUGUCUCAUGGUUCACAACCGGACCAGCCUGAUGCAGGAAUGAAAACAGAGACCAGGCAGUUUGCAGAUGGCACAGUCUUGGUUAUCCAAGAGGAAGGAGACAUUGAUGGGAGCAUUGGAACUGGUGGCGCAAAAGCAGACCUCUCUCUGCAAAUGGGGGGAUCUCAGUGCUCCUUACCUGCAGAGGCCACAGGUCUUCAUGCACAAGCUCAACCAGAGGCAGAACGGCAAAGCUCAGUCACGGAAAAAGAGAGAGAGGAAGAUGGAGCCCAGGAAGGAGAGACCACUAGAACAGUGGAAAGCAGGUCAGCCAGCUGGGGAGACAAGUCCAGCCAGCUGGGGAGAGAGCAUGCAACAAAGGAAGAGGCAGCAUGGUGGGUGGAAACCGGACAGGGAGAUGACACUAGCCAGGUUGCCGUUGAAACGGUCUCUGUCAAAGAAGAUCCCCGUUUAUGGGACUCGAGCACAGAGCGGGAGGAGAAUUCCGUGCCUUUGGGAAAGUCCAGGAGGCUUUCUGAUGAGGAGGAGAAGCUGGAAUCCCUGGCCCAUCAGCUCCGCGAGGGAGGGAUCGUGAUGGAGGAAGGGGGCCAGAAGAGGCGUCUGCUCCUGGAUGAGGCUCUUGCGUUUGGCGUGUUGCCAGGCCACUCGGCCGUCAAGCUGAUGGCCAAGGCGGGGCUCUUUGGCGGGUUCUUCGACUCCAGCACCUGCGAGUCGCUGAGUGUGGCGGAGGUCAUGCAGGAGGGGCUCCUGGAUGAGGAGCUGAUGUGGAACGUGCUCAAAUCUGAGAAGACGAUCUCGGGGGUUGUGGAUGCAGAUGAGGGAAAGGUGUGCUCCGUCCAGGAAGCAGCGCAGUCUGGGCUGCUGGACCGGGAAACGGCCGCGUGUCUUCUGGAAGCGCAGGUGGCCUCAGGGGGUGUGGUGGACCUUCGCCGUGGGAAGAAGGUGUCCGUGACGCUGGCAGCCAACCUGGGUCUGAUCGACGACAGCUUAACGGAUGACCUGAACAGGCUGGAAAAAUCCUGCAAGGGCAAGACCCCCCCCGCUGGCCUGGAUGAAGAAGCAAAUAAGUGGAAGGUAGCCCUGCAGCUGGAGAUGGAUGGGAUUGUGGAUCCCAAAACCAAAAGCCCUGUGCCCCUCAGCCAGGCCCUGAGGAAAGGGCUUCUGGACCGGGAACUAGCCCGACAGGUGCUGUCCAAGCAGGUGGCGGAUGGUGGAAUCAUGCAUCACAGCUCCGGGAUGCGGCUCUCGGUGUCAGAUGCUUUGGCGCACGAUCUGAUCGAUGCAGGUUUGGCGCAGGAGCUGGCGGAGGUGGAGAGACUUUCUUUGCGGCCAGGUGGGGAAGGGGCAGGGCAAGACUCUAUCCCAGCCCAGGGAGGCGCCCCUGUCUCCAGCAGGGGGCCCACACUCACGGGGGCCGCUUCUCGGGGUUUUCUGGACCCCGCCAUAAAGCAUUCAGUCCUGGAUCCCCAGACUGCCUCACUUGUCCCAUAUUCGGAGCUCAUCAACAGGUGUAAGAUCGAAAUCGAGACCGGCCAGAGAUUUCUGGAAGUUCGUCGGUUCAGGGGCUUUCAGGAUGAGCUCACGGGUGCAACACUAACACUCCUUCAGGCGUUGCAGGCUGGGAAGGUUGACCUCAUUCCGGCCCUGAGGCUCCUGCAGAGCCAGGCGGACUCUGGGGGGAUUAUUGACAUCGAAACCGGAGGCAGGCUUUCUCUGGCAGAAGCUGUCCGGAAGGGACUGGUGGAUGAGGACGUGGCAGAAGUCAUUGCCACCAACCAGCUGCUGGCCGGAGGGCUGCUGGACCCUGCCACCGGAGAGAGAGUCCUCAGCCUGACAGCAGCUGAACACAGGGGACUGGUCUCAAAAGAAAUGGCGGCAGUUAUUCAGGACAAAGUGGGCAGUCUGGAAGAAGAGGAAGAUGAGGACUCUGGUGCAGAUUCUGAGAAAGAGACGCUCAUACCUGCAGGGUCUAUAAAUGGGAUAAUCUCCUCAUCUCUCCUGUUUUCAGCAGCAUCUGAUUUCAGCACAAGUGAGAAGAGAGCCGAACCUGCAGAGCCUGGACUGGACUCUGCUCUGAUCCCUGAGCCCUUGGCCCGCAAAGUACCCGAAAGCCAAGGACACCUCUUGGUGGCAGCCAAGAGUCCUGAAGAGACAUCUCUGCCCAGAUCUGCACUUGCACAGGUGGAAGAGCUGGAAAGAGAGGAAAAGCUGGGAUUAGUGCUGACGGAAGAAGCCCUCCUCACUGCAGAGCCAGUAGUGAUGGUCGCAGAGCCAAAGGUGGACACCCCAGACAGAGACCUGCGCUCGAGCUCAGAGGAAGAAUUGCAAGAACGUCCAGAGAAAUGUGAGGCUGACUCCCAUCCUACAUGGAAAACAAAGGGAAUGUUGUUGAGCGAGGAAGAAAGAGAGGCUGGUGCCUCUGCUCCUUUAGAUCAGGAAUGUUCCAAUGCAGAGCCAGGGCAAGACAUGAGAGGGGGACCUGUCAAGCUGGUCAUUUCUGCUGUCUUGCAGAGAUCAGCAGAUCAAAGGAAAGACUCUGGGAGGGAAGAGAAGGCAGGAGUUGUGAUGGGUAGACUUGCAGAUUCGGAGGUUGGGGUUCCCAUAGAAACUGAUCAACUGGGACGGAUCCCAAUGGAUGCUGCAGUUGACAGCAAGGACGGCAUCCUAACUCAAGACAGAUCAGCAGCUCGUCCACAUUCUGCAUUUGGUUUGGUGGAUCACGGUUACAGUCGCACCACGGAAGACACAGGUACACCCCUUUCAGAGGAAAAACAGAAAGUGGUAGCUGGUCUGUCCAGCUCUCUGGGCCACUCUAAGGUCCAUGAGCAGCUACACUACAGGGUAGGUAGAGAGCAGCAGAGUGAGAGAGAGGAAUGCAGAGCUCAGGAGCUAAACAGCCACGAACCAAUCAAAGACGCCGGAGCUGACACCGGCCUGCUCACGGUGGUACUGGAAUAUGACAGCACAGGUGCUGAGGCAGAGGGCCAGGGGGCCGGGAGCUUGCCAAGUGAGAGGCUGGGGCACAGAGCCAAUGCAAACGCAGAAGAGGCACAGAAGUACGCAGCAUCGCUCUCGGGAAAAGCACAGGUGGGAGACAGACAGGAGAAGCUAGUCCAAGACGGGGAUGGUAUCAGCCUCUCGGGCGAAGAUCAGGGGAUUCCAGAGGUAGUGCACUUGGAAACAGCCACAGAGCAGCUGGAAGAUGUACCACUGGCACAGGAAAGCAAGGAAGCAGCACAGAAAGAAGUCAAAGGUAAAGCUGAAGACGAGGGUAAGGAUAGGGGCGCGCAGGCAGGCAGUGAGCUGCUGACAGGGAGCACUGGGUGGGAGGUGCUUGACACCAGGGCAGAGGAUAGACCCCAGGAAGCACGUGUGGGAGACGCACCACUUCCAUGGGAAUGCAAGGCCACCAGGGAGGAAGUGGGGGUAGAGUUGCCAGUGACAAGUCGGGGUGUCGUAGGAGAGGCGGACCUGGAACACGGAGAAGUUGCACAGCGGGACGAGGAAGUGGCAGAUGAGAUUGUGGAAGUCCAGGAGGAGGGCCAGAGGAGGGAAGAGGGUAGCCCAGGGUCUUGUGAAGAAGAGCGGAGGCCCCGUUUCCCUUCAGAGAGUCACCCAGAGGCAACAGAAAGUGAGACACUGGAGGACGAAAGAGACAGCCGCUGGAAUCGAUCGACAUUGAAAGAGGGGGAGCAGGAGCAACAAAGGGAGGAGAAGGAGAUGGAAUCCCCCCUCAUCCUGCCGCCCCUUCAAACAGGAGAGGAAGGAGAGAAGGAGAUGGAAUCCUCCCAAAUCCUGACGCUCCUUCACGGAGGAAAGGAAGAAGAGGAAGUGAUCAAGGAUCUUCCCAAACCUAGCUUAGUGUCUUUUCCUGUACCUGGAGAACAGAAGAGGAAGGGUGAUUUCUCCUUGCAGACUCCUCUCCCACCCGCUCUUCGAAGAGAGGUGGAGGAGAAGAAAGAUGCAGAGGCUGCUCCCAGAGCGAGUCCUCUCUGGUCUCCGUCUCCUUCGGCACGCGAAGCCCUGCUCCUGAAGGCCAAGGAGAGCAUCCUGAGGAAAGUGUUUCAGCGCGGGGUGAGUGAGCACCAGGCGGCCCAGGAGCUGGAGGCCCUGCGCAGAGGACGAGGCGGGGUGAGGGAACGAGGCUUCGAGGAGGAAGUGGGCACGGGGGUCCUUCGGGUACCCGAUAUAGAGACUGAGGAGGUUGAUGUUGCCUCUUCCGCUGCCAGAGUGAGGGCUUUUCCUGUUUCUGAGCAGCACACAACAUCCCUGGGACAGACUCGGGAGACACUGAAGGACCAAACUGGGGUUUGGCACAGAGGGGAAGAGGAGGGAAAUGACUCGGGAAAUGCAGAGAGAGAUGACGAGACAGAUGUUUCCAUAGCUGAGCCACAUCUGGAUAAGGAUUUCCGUCUGUGGACAGAGCCGAGAGAGAGGGAAGACAAGGGCAGGGGAAUCCCACAGGUUGAGAAGGGGAAGCUGGGGCAGGAGGCCGUGGGCGGAGUCCCAGAGGAAGAAGAAUCGGUGAAGAAACAGACAGGAAUCGGGCCAGCGGUUGGGAAAACGGAUACAGAUGUUCUAAGGGUGUCAUGGACAAGGGAGAAAGACGUUACACGUGCAGAGGAAGAGGUUAGAGACCUUAGAGAUCAGGCAACCAAGGAUGGCUCUCCGGAUAGCCAGCUCGGGAAACCAGGAAUAAGCUUAAGUUCCCUGGAUCUGCCCUGGAAAGGGGCAAAUGCAGCAGCGUUGGAAGAGAGAGGAGAGCAGCAUGUCCCAGAGACCCUGGUUGUCGCAAGAGAAACUACGACAGCCACGAACGUAGAGGCUCAAGGAGCUUCCGAGCUUCCGGAGAUCGGAUCCCAUCUGGGUGCUAUCCAGGAUGGAACCUCAAAAUCCGAACCCCAUCCUGAGGGGUCCCCAGCCUCAUGCGUGGAGACAGCGGAGGACGCCCCCCGCACUCGGACAGGUGUGCCAGGUCCUGCCGCCCCGCUCGGCGUCCAGAGCAGAGAGCUCCUGCUGGAGAAGAUCAAGAAGGAGCUGAGGCUGGAGGAACGCCACGCAGGGAAACCCGUCUCUCCUGGCGUCGCCCAGAGCCCGGCGGAGCUCGGGGGGGGUGCCCUGGCCCAGCGGACCCCAGAAUCGGAGCCCGCGCUUGAGCCUGCAGAGAGAAGAAAGGAGAGAGAGAGGAAGGAGCCGUGGAGGGAGGAGGGAGAGGGCAGCACUGCCCGCGGCGCCAAGCCCUCAUUGGCUCGUCAGAGGUGUCUGGAACGUGACGAGCAGCUUGUGGCUCUGCUCUCAUUGGUCCGUCACAUUGAGGUCCGCCUCAGACAGCAGCAGCAGCAGCCAAUGGGACGCAGCAUCAGUGCCCUGGAAGACAGCAUUAGGCAGGCUGAGGCCUUGGAUCAGGAGCUAUCUGACCUAGAGCGACCUGUGACCCAGGAAGUUGAUGGUGUGGGGCAGGUUUUGGAGUCGCAGCCCCAGGACGUCCCCCCCCAGCUGCUGCUGGCGCUGGAGAAGGAUGGGCGGAGCCUGUCGCGGGCGUACCUCGCUGCCCGAGCAGCCUCCCAGGCCCUGCUGCAGGCACUGCGCGCACAGCUGGACGCGCACAGGGACACAGUCCAGAGCGAUCUGAAGGCUCUGGAGGCUCGGGUCCAGGCCCUGCUGUCCUGGCUGAGGGAGAGGGAGGGAGAGACGGAGAGAGAGAGUGGGGGAGAGAACACUUCAGAGCUCACACACCAGCUGCAGCUGUGCAAGGAGUUCAGGUCGGCUCUUUCCGAGCGCUCCCGGGAGCUGGACUCCGUUGCCUUCGAUGUCCAGCUCUUCGUGUCCGAGCGAGCUCAGGACGUGGAGCCCCUGCAGAGCAGGCAGCUCCUCAGACGCCUCACGCAGCUUCAGAGGUCCUUCCACGAGGCAUCAGGCCGCGCGGAGGCUCUCCUGGCCAGCGUGAGGGCGAGGGAGAGAGACGGCGCCCGCGAGAGAGAGGUGUGGAGGGCUCCUGUGGGAGGACGGGCAGAGGUGGACACGGCAGCCACAGCAGCCGGCCGCUUGUUCUCGCUGGAGAAGUGCGGCGCUGAGAGCCGAGGACGGGGUGCUGUUUUCCUGCACUGGUUCGUCAGCAGUCCCGCUUCUCAGGUCAUCAAGGACUCCGCUGUCCUGGCGAGCAGGAGGCAGCCCUACUACUACUACUACUCCAUCCCUCCUCCACUACUACAGCCCUACUACUACGGCUACUAUAGCCCCGUCCCUCCUCCACUACUACAGCCCUACUACUAUGGCUACUACUACUCCAUCCCUCCUCCACUACUACAGCCCUACUACUACAGCUACUAUAGCCCCAAUGAUUCCCGCAGAGUGCGCUCGCUGCUGUUCACUGCCUCCAAACAGGGUCUGGUGGACUGUUGUACUCAUGUGAUGUGGAACGGUGAGCAUGAGGGCUCUUUGAAUUCAGCUGUUGGUGAGGUUUUGGCAUCCUGUGCCCAGGAAGCUUUCAAACCCAUGAGGUUUUCCUUGGUCUCCCGGACUCUCCCUUCCGCGCUCACGGGAUCUCUCCCCUCUCUCUCCCGGGCGGACCGACAGGCUGUGCAGAAGCAGCAGGCAGGAUGUUCCCAGAAGCUGGAGGAGCUUGCGCUAUGGUUGGCCGAGGCUGGUACCACGCUGUCCAACCAGCAAGCGGGUCUGGACUCCGCGGACGUGAGCGCUCUGCAGAGGAAGCAGAGGGGGAUCAGGGAUGUGCAGAGGGAUCUCCAGUCUCGGGGAGAUGGGGUGACGGAGGCCCUGCGCUGUGUGGAGGAGUUCCUCGGCGAGCGGGGGGGGGCUCUGUCUCCCGAGGACCGGGGCUCACUCCAGGCGAGGCUGUCUGCCAUCCGGGGGCAGUACAGCGCCCUGCAGGAGCGUGCGGAGAGCUCGGAGAGGGAGCUGGACCGCGCAGUGACCACUGCUCUGCAGGCACAGACGCAGAAGGCUCGGGCGGCUGAGGAGCUGCAGGAGGCGCAGGAGAAGAUGGGGUCCCUGCUGUCCUGGCUCUCCGCCCUGCCCCCCAGCGACCCGGGGGGUCUCGCUUCACAGCAGCACGCCGCUCAGAACCUGACGCAGACUGACACAGGGUCACAGCCAGGUGGUGCUCUGGACUCCCGCUGCGAACAGCUGCAGGCUGAGCUACAGCAGCUGCAGUCCCAGCAGGAGAACUUCCUGUUGGCCACUCAGGCCGCCCAGUCCCUCCUGGAUCGUCCCGACGACAGCGUACCGGCCGCUGAGAAAGACCGGCUGCGCCGUGACCUGGACUCCCUGCGCGGGCAGUACCAGAGCCGGGCGGACCGCUGCCGGGCCCAGCUCAAGCAGGCCGAGUCGCUGAGGGAGGAGCUGGGGAAGUUUCUGCAGGAGCACCGGCAGUUGAGCGACUGGCUGGAACUGAGUGAGGGGGAGCUGCGUUCCCUGACGGACGGAGAGACCGACGCGCAGGGCCUGAGGAAGAGGCAGGAGGAGCAUGGCAAGCUGGCGGAAGAGGUCAUCUGCCACAAGGCCGACCUGCGGUUUGUCACGAUCUCGGGGCAGAAGGUUCUGGAUUCGGUACGAGGCAGCGGUGAGGCCGACCCCUCGCUUGCAGCCACGCAGACGCUGGUUGCCGAUGGCCUGCAGGACAGCUCUCAGCGCUACGCUCGCCUGCACAGCAAGUGUUCGGAGCUGGGGACCCACCUGGCCUGGGUUUUGGACCGGUACCAGCAGUACCAGGAGGAGGCGGACUCUCUGGCCAGCUGGCUGUCAGAACGGGAGCAGAGCCAGAGUCUAGACAGAGCUCAGAGUGACCUGACGGACACCCAGACCCUGCAGGACACGCUGACCGCAGUGCAGCUGCUGCAGGACGAGCUGGCUGAGCGGUCAGCGCAGCUGGACAGAGUGAAGGGGGCAGGGACGGCACUGACCAACAGCCAGGAGACCCCCAGGCUGAGACCGGCGGACAUCGCCAGCACCACAGACGCUCUGCAGGCUCGUUUCUCCGCUCUGUCCCUGUCUGUGUCCGCCCGGGCCGAGCAGCUCCAGACAGCCCUGGCCCAGUCGGCCAGCGCGCAGGAGGGGCUGCAGGGGCUGCUGGCUUGGUUGGAGGGGCUGCCCGGGUCGCGGGCCGGGCUGGACCGGGUCCAGCCCACUGCGCAGGCUGUGCAGGAUGCCCUGACACAGAAUCAGAGGUGGCGUCAGGAGCUCCUGUCCAGACAAGGCAGUGUGGACGCCACUCGCGACUCUGUAUCCCAGCUGCUUCAGACCGCUGACGCAUCCACAGCCUCCGGGCUGCAGGGGGCGCUGUCGGAGCUGUGCCAGCGCUAUGCGGAGGCUCAGGCGCAGCAGCAGGCGAGGGAGGCGGAGCUCCGGGCCCUCCUGCCCCGGCUGGAGAACUUCCAGAGGCUGGCCCAGGAGCUGCAGCAGUUCACGCAGAGCCGGGCGCGCUCGCUGAAUCUGGGAGGGCAGCCCGAACGAGACAUCGAGGAGCACAGACAGCGCGUCGAGGAAGUGAGGGUGGAGGUGACCCAGGAAGCAGACCGGCUGACCUCCCUGCGCCAGCUGGGCGAGGAGUUGAGCGCCUCAGGUGUCCUCGCCGACACUCAGCUGCUGCAGGACGCCGUCAGGCAGGCGUCUGAGCAUUUCUCCAGGCUGGAAUCCAGCAUCAGUGCCAGGUCCAGCGAGGUGCAGGGCUGUCAGCAGCAGCUCAGUGAGUUCAGGGCUCUCUGUGGCGCCCUCCAGCGGUGGCUGCAGGGAGUGCAAGAACAGCUGCCUCAUGUGGAGCCCAGCCUGAGCACUGAGGAGCUGCAAACCAGAGUCUCACAGCUGCAGGACCUGCUGAGCGAGUGGGAGGCCCAGGGGACUCGGGUUCGGGAGCUGAACCAGACUGGAACUGAACUGGAGUCACUGAUCAUCUCCAUUACAGCCCCAGACAGCAAGACUGGUGUGCCACAGCUCAAUGGAGCCAGCAAUCCCAGCAGUGUAAAUGGCAUUCACACAUGUAAAGACCUGACGGAGAUCCAGUGCUCUCUGGCGGACGUGAACGGAGGCUACGAGCCGCUGGGGGAGGAGCUGAGGCAGAGGCACGGCCGGCAGGCCGCCUCCCUGCAGCAGAGGCAGCGGGCGCGGCUGGAGGCCGGCCGCCUCGCGCAGUGGCUGAGCGGCAAGGAGCAGAGCCUGGCGCUGCGGCCGGCGGCCUCGCCCUCCAAGCCGGAGGCCGUGCGGGCGCAGGCGGAGGAGAACAAGGCCCUGCUGUCCGAGCUGGCGGAGAGCUCUGGGAAGGUGGAGGAGCUGAGGGCGGCCCUACAGCAGCUGAUCGAGGAGAACCCCGACGCGCCCGAGACGCAGAGCUGGAGGGACAUGCUGAAGGACAUAGGUGCGCGGUGGGAGCGGGCCAAUCGCACGGCGGAGCAGCGGCAGGCGGAGCUGGAGGCCGCGGCGCUGCGGCGGCAGCAGGCCCAACACGAGGACUUCCAGAGGGGCCUGAACCAGCAGCGAGGCUCCUACGAGCUGAUCCAGGCGGAGGGCGCGUCGCUGCUGCUGUCCCUGCCCGCCGCCGGCGAGGAGCGGGCCGCGCUGCAGUCGCGGCUGUCCGCCCUGCGCCAGGACUGGGAGGAGCUGAGCCGGGCCUCCCUGGAGCGGCAGGACCGUCUGCGCGAGGGCCUGGGCCGGGCCGAGCGCUACGAGCAGCAGCGCGAGGAGCUGCGCCCGUGGGUGGCGGCGUGCGAGCAGCGGGAGAGCGAGAUCCAGCCCUCCCUGGACCCCGCGGCUCUGGAGGCGGCUCUGCAGAGAGCCCGGCAGCUCAGCCUGGACGUGGAGAGGCGGCGCCCCCUGCUGGAGGCCCUGAACGCCGCGGCCGACCUGCUGCUGGAGUCCUGCCGCGCCGGGGAGGAGGAGGUCCGGGACGAGAAAGCCGGGCUGAACCGCCGGCUGGACGGGCUGGCGGAGAGGCUGCAGUCGCGCCUGGCCCAGCUGGAGGAGCUGGCGGGCCGGCUGCGCGAGUUCGAGGAGGGCCGGCAGGCCGUGGAGCGGAGGCUGGAGACCGCCAGGCACCAGCUGGAGGUGCAGGAGGCGCUUGGCCCGCAGGCCUGCAGCAGCAAGAGCCUGGAGAGGCUGCGCAGCCAGCAGGGGGCGCUGGAAGCGCUGCGGCCGCAGGUGGCGUACUUCAGGGACCUGGCGCGGGGGCUGGUGCAGGACGCGCCCGAGGCAGCAGGGGGCGACAGCGAGGGGGGCCGGCGGCUGGCUCGGCAGGCGGCGGACACGGAGCAGGAGUUCGCCGACGUCGGGCAGAAGGUGGAGCAGUGCUGCCAGGCCCUGGAGGCGAGGCUGCAGGGCGUGGGCGAGGCACAGGCGCGGGUGCGAGACGUCUUCUCCCGCCUGGCGGACCUGGAUGACGAGCUGGAUGGCAUGGGCCCGGUGGGCCGCGACGCCGACUCGCUGCAGUCGCAGGCGGAGGACGCGCGCGGCUACCUGCAGGCGCGGCAGGAGAGCGCUGGUGACCCCUGCCUGACCCCGGCGUGGCGUGUCUUCGGGGCGGGACCCCCGAGAGAGAGGGACCCCGCUGUCUGGCUGAUGAGGGUGUGGAGGUCGCUGUCCGUGUCCGAGCAGGGGCAUUCCAGAGGCGCGGAGCGUCCGGAAUCUCAGCUGUCCGUCUCCCUUGUGUCCUCCUUGCAUUCCCGAGCCCCCUCCCCACAGCUGCAGGGGUCUGGAAUUUCAGCGGAGCAGGGAAUGAGGAAGAGGGAGCUGGGAACCCCGCGCGCCCCGAAGAGUAGCGUCAGCCCCUGCAGUUCAGCCAUGGGGAAGCCGCUGAGCCGGCCCGACUGCCUGCGCCAGAGCCCCCGCUGCCUGGGGAAGGGCGAGGAGGAGGAGGGCUACAUCGAAGACUGCUACGUGCCCCAGCGCUCCAUCUACGACACCAUGCGCAUCAACGAGCAGAUCGACCAGGGUCCCAAGCUGGGCCAGCCCUCCCGGAGCACGCUGGGCUCGGCCGGGGGGGGCGAGGGCAGCACGCUGUCCAGCAACGGCACGCUGGGCGCCCGGGCGGGGGGCGUGUUCGAGGCCCGGCCCCCCGAGCCCGGCGCCAAGAAGCUGGACGAGAGGGUGAUUUUCGAUGCGCUGAAGCUGUCCAGCGACCCCCAGAGCAAGCCCCCGCCUGCCGCGUCGCCCCUGUCCGCCUCUGUUUCCGCCAGCUCGUCCUCUUCCUCCUCCUCCGCCGCCGCCCAGGGGGCAGCUGCAGUCCCCAAGCGGCGCCACCAGGGCGGCGACAAGAAGGACAACCCCAACCGCCGCUCCUGGAAGGCCUUCAUGCCGCCCUCGUACCCGGAGUUCGCCGAGCGCCUGGAGCUCUCGCCAGGGGACCCUGCGGAGAAGCGGCUCUCUGGGGCGGGCAUCCCCCUGUCUCCUGUCCUGCUGCCUUUGCUCGUACCCCAGCCUCCUCCUGGUCCCGCUCCCCCUCUUCCUGCCCUGCACCCGGCGUCCCCCACGUCCUCUGGGGUGCCUGAACUCUCCCCCCCCCUGCCCUCCGUCGCCCCCCAGUGGCCGAGCCAGCUGCCGGCUCCGAGGGCAGGUGGGCAGCAGCACCAGCUGCCGCAGAAGCAGCACAGACUGCAGCCGGGGGUCCCGGCCCCCCCGCGGCCCGCGGCCCUGCCCCCAGAGGGACAGAGGGACGAGGCCCGGGGAGAGAUGAGGGGCCUGGCCGCGGCGCCCUUGCCCGGCUGGCGGCCCGCUGAAGCGCUGGGCAAGAGCGCGAGCUUGGACGAGCAGGAGAGCCGGGGCCGAGAGCCGGGCCAGGACAGCGCCCCCCUCUGGCCACCCCACAGGCCCCGAGUGCCGCCCCCGGCCCAAUCUAGGACCUGGCCCCGUGGCCCGUCCGCCAGCCAGAAGCCCCUCCACAACUGCCCCGCUCUGCCCCCGCUGCCCCCCCGCCUCGGAGAGGAAAGUGACGAGGAGGAGGAAGGGGACCUCUUCCUCCUGGCCCCCCCCUCGCCGUUCCUGCUGGACAGGGAGACUCUGGGGUACCAGGGCCUGCCGCUGUCCCCCUGUCUGAGCCAGGAGGGAGGGGACGGGGGUCUCCUGGACUGGCCCCCCCCGGCCGGCGAGCUGCGGGAAAGGACGGCCUCCGAGCUGCGGUUCGAGGAGGACGAGAUGCGGAUCCUUCUGGAGCUGGAGGGCGAGGAGGGCGAGAGGGAGCUGCAGGAGGAGAGGGGCUGGCAGGCCGUGCUGCAGCUGCAGAGCAAGGGGAACCCCGAGGACCGCCGGGAGGGGAGCACCGAAUUCCCCGCAUUCCAGGACUGGGACUCUCAUGCAGAGCAGGCGGCGGGGAGCUCCGUUUGUUGGCCCCUGCUGGCACCCCCUACUGGCUUUGGGGGGCCUGAACUCCAGCCCCAGCUUUCCUCCAGCCCCUACCCUCCCUCCCCGGUGGCCAACUCCGAGCCCGGCUCAGACGAGCUCUUCCUGGAGCUGGAGAGACAGUGCCAGGAGGAGGAGGCCGUGGCUUCGGCCCACCCGGAGUCAGAGGACCCCCGACACUCACCCCUGGAGCCGGAGAGACAGUGCCAGGAGGAGGAGGCCGUGGCUUCGGCCCACCCGGGGUCAGAGGACCCCCGACACUCACCCCUGGAGCCGGAGGAGCUCGGAGAGGGGCACCAGGGUGCAGGAGCCACCGAAGAGAAGCCUGGAGGCUUGGAGGAGGGCGACGCCGAAUCCGAGGCUGCCCGGGACCGCUGGGAGCAUCCUGGGCUCGGUGCCACUUCCAUUCCCAUUCCACACUGGGCCGCGGGCAGCACCAGUCCCGAUUCCAGGUCUGAUUCGGGAAGCAGGCUGUCUCCCCAGCAAGGAGAGGAGGAGGAAGAGGAGGGCGAUAGUGACGACGAAGGAGCGUGUCGAAGGUCAGGCGAUGAGCAGUCUGGCUCCCGCGCUCACUCUCCCACCCCGGAGAAUCCGUACUGCCCCCCGGAGGAGGGGGAGGGGGGCGGUCCGGACCCUUCAUCCUUACAGAAAGAAACUGGGCAAGAGGGAGCGCGAGACAGCGAGGAGGGGGGUGGGGGUGAGGAAGAGCACCCCAAAAGUACCUGCGCAGAGGAGCUGGGCUCCUCCAUUCCCAGCGAGCCGGACUCCAAGCAGGAGCUGUGUGCAGCUUGGGAAGAGGGGGCGACACCCCCCAGGACGGACUCCCCCCCACCUGCACCACCGCCUCUGUCCUCCACGCCAGCAGGGGGCGCCACUCCUGACCUGUCCUUCGUGGCCACGGACAGCUUCGUGUACCUGGCGGUCUCGGCCCCGCCAGAGUGCCCCCCCACCCCCGAGGAGCCCAGCGCCCCCUGCAGCCCGCCCCCUAAACUGGACGCGGACCCCGAAGGGGGCGCCUUCCUCUCCACCGACAGCUUCGUGUACCUGGCCGCUCCGGAGCGCAUCGCGCCUGCCCAGGGCGCCGGGAAUCCCGACGGGAGGAGAGGGUCCGACGGCUUUUCCCGCCAGGAUUCCUGGGAAUGCCUUUCUGACUCGGACAGGAGUAGGUCGGGCGUGGAUUUUGUGCUGGGCUCCAUGUCUGGAGAAGACAGCGACUGGGACUCCCCGGCCGACGAUUCCAAAUCGGAAUCGUGCUCCGACUCCAGCUGGGAUUAUUGGGACCUGCUGGAGCCGGAGGUUUUUGGGGUCCUGUUCCCCAAUACCAAGGAGGCGACGGAGCUCUCCGAAUCCCGUGAUUCUGGCCCUGGUGUUCCUGAGGGAGAGGAUAGGAAUGCUUCGGGAACGUUAUCCUCAGAGUGCCCCGAGGGUCUGGAGCGGGACCAGGCGGACGGCAUCCAGCCGCGCCUCCAGCAGCUGAACGCGCUGGGCCAGGGGCUGAUCCAGAGCGCCGCCAAGCACAGCGACACGCAGGCCCUGGAGCACGACCUGGACAGCACCAACCUGCGCUGGAACUCACUCAACAAGCGGGUGGCGGAGCGGAUCGCGCAGCUGCAGGAGGCCCUGUUGCAUUGUGGGAAGUUCCAGGACGCACUAGAGCCCUUGCUGAGCUGGCUGGGCGACACGGAGGAGCUGAUAGCCAAUCAGAGGCCGCCGUCCGCAGAAUACCGCGUGGUCAAGGCGCAGAUACAGGAGCAGAAGCUGCUGCAGCGCCUGCUGGACGACCGCAGAGGGACGGUGGAGAUGAUCCGGGCUGAAGGGGAGCGCAUCGCCGUCACCGCCGAGGCCGCGGACCAAGACAAGAUCCGCAGACAGCUGGAGAGUCUGGGGGAGCGGUGGAAUGCGCUGUUGGACAAGGCCAGGGCAAGGCAGUGCCAGCUGGAGGAGCUGCUGGUGCUGGCGUGCCAGUUCCACGAGACCGUGGAGCCUCUCAGCGAGUGGCUGGGUGCCACCGAGCGGCGGCUGACCAGCGCGGAGCCCAUGGGCACCCAGGCCGCCAAGAUCACGCAGCAGAUUGCCAAACACAAGGCGCUCCAGGAGGAAGUGGCGUCUCGGGGGGCAGAGCUCGAGAGACUGGAGUUCCUCGGCCAAUCGCUGUCCCCGCUGAGCUGCGCAGCGGAUCGCGAUUGGCUGGAGGAGCGGGUGGGGGCUGUGCGCAGCGGGCACGCGGAGCUCUCUGAUUGGUGUGCGCAGCGGGCGGCCAUGUUGGAGCAGGCCCUGAUCAACGCGCGGCUCUUCGGCGAGGAGGAGGUGGAGGUGCUGAACUGGCUGGCCGAGGUGCAGCAGCGCCUCUCUGUGGCCACUGUGCAGCACUACAGGCAGGACCUGCUGCAGGAGCAGCACUCGCAGCUGCUGUCGCUGAAUGAGGAGAUAGUCAGCCGGAAGAAGACAGUGGACCAGGCCAUCAAGAACGGACAGGCGCUGCUCAGACAGACCACAGGUGAGGAGGUGAUCCUGAUCCAAGAGAAGCUGGACGGGAUAAAGUCCCGGUAUUCCGAGAUCACGGCGGGCAGCUCCAGGGCCCUGCGCACGCUCGAGCAGGCUCUCCAGCUAGCGACGCGCUUCGCCACCGCGCACGAGGACCUGUCCGCCUGGCUGGACAGCGCAGAGCGCGAGCUGGGCGGCACCGAGCCCGACGCCGCGCCCCAGUACCAGGAGAGACAGAAGGAGCUGAAGUCGGUGUCUGUGGAGAAGAGGCUGGUCUUGGACACGGUGAACGAGGUGGGCAGCGCCCUGCUGGAGCUCGUCCCCUGGCGCGCCCGCGAGGGCCUGGACCGGCUCGUCGCCGACAGCAACCAGCGGUUCCGCACCUGCAGCGACAUCAUCGCGGAGCGUGUGCAGCAGAUCGACGCUGCCAUCCAGAGGUCGCAGCAGUACGAACAGGCUGUGGAUGCGGAGCUGACCUGGGUUGGAGAGACGGAGAGGAAGUUGGGGUCCCUUGGGCCCUUGAGCCUGGAGCCGGACGUGACGAUUGCCCAGCUGCAGGUGCAGAGGGCUUUCAACAUCGACAUCAUCCGGCACAAAGACGCCAUCGACCAGCUGAUCGCCUCCCGUGGGGACAUCCUGGAGAGCUGCACAGAGGAGCAGAGAGAGGCGCUGAAGGUGAAGACGGACUCCCUGUGCCAGCGCUACGAGGUGGUGAGCCAGCAGAACUCGGAGCGGUUCGGCGCGCUGGAGCGGGCCCAGGUCCUGGCGGCGCGAUUCUGGGAGACCCAGGAGGAGCUGGAGCCGUGGCUGGGCGAGACCGAGGCCCUGAUCGCCGGGCUGCCCCCUCCCGCCAUCGACACCGACACCCUGAGGCAGCAGCAGGAGCAGAUGAGGCUGCUGAGAGAGUCUAUAGCCGAGCACAAGCCCCACAUCGACAAGCUGCUGAAGAUCGGCCCCCAGCUGGCCGCCCUGAGCGAGCAGGAGGGGGCGCUGGUGAGGGAGCGCUACAGCACCGCGGACCGGCGCUAUAGCAGCAUCAAGGAGGAGGUCAAACGCAGGGCCACUGCGCUGGACGAGGCCGUGUCACAGUCAGCACAGGUCACUGAGUUCCACGACAAGAUGGACCCCCUUCUGGAAACCUUGGAGUCGGCCGUGUCCCGGCUUCGCCAGCCCCCCCAGAUCCCGGCGGAGGUGGAGAAGAUCCGGGAGAUGGUGUCGGAGCACCGGAGCUCUGGACUGGAGCUGGACAAGCUGCUGCCCUCCUUCAGCGCGCUGUGCUCCCGCGGCGAGGAGCUGGUGGCCCGGGCCCAGGGCCCUCACGGCGAUCCUGCUGCCCAGGCUGUCGAGGCCCGGCUGUGCCGCCUGCGCUCCCUGUGGGAGGAGAUCCGCAGCCGGUCCGAGGAGAGGGAGGGGAAGCUCCUGGACGUGUUGGACCUGGCCGGGAAGUUCUGGUCGGACGUGGCGGCCCUGCUCAGCACGCUGCGAGACUCGCAGGAGAUCGUGCGCGAGCUGGAAGAGCCCGGUGUGGACCCCUCCCUCAUCAAGCAGCAGAUCGAGGCGGCCGAGGCGAUUAAAGCAGAGACCGACGGGCUGAGGGAGGAGCUGGAGUUCGUCAGGACCCUGGGGGCUGACCUCAUCUUCGCCUGCGGGGAGACGGAGAAGCCCGAGGUCAAGAAGACGAUCGACGAGAUGAACGCGGCCUGGGAGGCGCUGAACCGCACCUGGAGAGAGCGGAUGGAAAGUCUCGACGAAGCCAUGAGCGCUUCUCUGCAGUACCAGGACGCCCUGCAGGGCAUGUUUGACUAUCUGGACAACGCUGUGAUUAAGCUGUGUGACAUGUCCACUGUGGGAACGGACCUCAGCACUGUCAAACAGCAGAUUGAGGAGCUCAAGCAAUUCAAGGUGGAGGUGUACCAGCAGCAGAUCGACAUGGAGAAGCUCUGCCACCAGGGGGAGCUGCUGGUGAAGAAAGUGAGCGACCAGGGCGACCGGGACAUGAUCCAGGAGCCGCUGACUGAGCUGCGGCACCUGUGGGACAACCUGGGGGACAAGAUCACACACAGACAGCACAAGCUGGAGGCCGCCCUGCUGGCGCUGGGGCAGUUCCAGCACGCCCUCUCGGAGCUGCAGGCCUGGCUCAGCCACACCCACCACACACUGGACGCGCAGCGGCCCGUCAGCACCGACCCCAAGGCCAUCGAGAUCGAGCUGGCCAAGCACAGCGUGCUGCGCAACGACGUGCUGUCCCACCGCGCCACCGUGGAGACCGUGAACGGCGCCGGGGCCGAGCUGCUGGACUCCAGCCCCGGGGACGAGGCCGGGCCGCUGCGCGAGCAGCUGGACGAGCUGAACCGGAGCUGGCAGAACCUGCUGCUGCAGACCCAGGACCGGCAGCAGCAGCUGGAGGCGGCGCUGCAGCAGGCGGAGGGCUUCCACGGGGAGAUUGAGGAGUUCCUGCAGUGGCUGCGGCGCACCGAGAGCCAGCUGGCGGCUGCCAAGCCCACCGGGGGCCUCCCGGAGACCGCCAGGGAGCAGCUGCAGCAGCACCAGGAGCUGCAGGCCCAGCUCAGCGCUCGGGCCGAUCAGUACCACCGGCUGCAGGACCGGGGACAGUCAAUGCUGCUGGCCCGGGGGGAGGAGGCCGGGUCGGGGUCCAACACACAGCAGAACCUGGCGCUGCUGGAGGCCAAGUGGACCAGCCUGAACGCCAAGAUGGAGGAGAGGAGGUCUAAGCUGGAGGAGGCGGUCUCCUUGGCGACCGGGUUCCAGGCCUCCCUGCAGGACUGCAUCAACUGGCUGACCCAGGCCGAGCAGGUCCUGAACACUGCCCAGCCGCCCAGCCUCACCCUGGACACGGUGCUCUUCCAGAUCGACGAGCACAAGGUGUUUGUGAACGAGGUGAACGCCCACCGUGAGCAGGUGCUGGCUCUGGAGAAGGCCGGGGCUCAGCUCAGGUUCGCCAGCCUGAAGCAAGACGUCGUUCUGAUCAAGAACCUGCUGCUCAGCGUGCAGUCGCGCUGGGACAAGCUGGUGCAGAGGUCGCUGGAGCGGGGCCGGGCGCUGGACGAAUCCAGGAAGAGAGCCAAGCAGUUCCACGAGGCCUGGAGGAAGCUGUCGGACUGGCUGGAGGAGGCGGAGAGCCGCCUGGACUCGGAGCUGGAGAUCUCCAACGAGCCCGACAAGAUCAAACUGCAGCUCACCAAGCACAAGGAGUUCCAGAAGUCCCUGGGCUCGAAGCAGCCGGUCUACGACACGACGGUCCGCUCCGGGCGUGCCAUGCGGGAGAAGGCCAGCCUUCCCGGAGACUCGCAGAAACUGGACAACCUGCUGGGAGAGGUCCGGGACAAGUGGGAUACUGUCUGCGGGAAGAGUGUGGAAAGGCAGCACAAGCUGGAGGAGGCCCUGCUGUUCUCGGGGCAGUUCGCAGAUGCCCUGCAGGCCCUGGUGGACUGGCUGUACCGCGUAGAGCCACAGCUGAGUGAGGACCAGCCCGUCCACGGCGACCUCGACCUGGUCAUCAACCUGCUGGACGCCCACAAGGUCUUCCAGAAGGAGCUGGGGAAGAGGACAGGGAGCGUCCAGGCGCUGAAGCGCUCUGCGCGCGAGCUCAUGGAGAACUCCCGGGACGACACCAGCUGGGUCAAGGUCCAGCUGCAGGAGCUCAGCAGCCGCUGGGACUCGGUGUGCGCGCUGUCCGUGUCCAAGCAGGCGCGCCUGGAGACGGCGCUCAAGCAGGCGGAGGAGUUCCGAGCUGCUGUGCAGCGGCUGCUGGAGUGGCUGUCGGAGGCGGAGCAGAGCCUGCGCUUCAGAGGAGUGCUGCCGGAGGAGCCCGAGACCCUGCAGGCUCUCAUUCACUCGCACAAGGAGUUUCUGAAGAGCGUGGAGGAGAAGCGGGGCAGCGUGAAUGAGGCCGCGGGGAUGGGCGAGGCCAUACUGACGGUCUGUCACCCUGACUGCAUCACCACCAUCAAGCACUGGAUCACCAUCAUCAGAGCGCGCUUCGAGGAGGUGCUGGCCUGGGCCAAGCAGCAUGAGCAGCGUCUGGAGUCCGCGCUGGCCGAGCUGCGGAGCAAUGCCGCGCUCCUGGACGAGCUGCUGUCAUGGCUGCAGUGGGCUGAGACCACGCUGGUCCAGCGCGACACCGAGCCCCUCCCGCAGAGCAUCGAGCAGGUCAAGGCGCUGAUCACCGAGCACCAGGUGUUCAUGGAGGAGAUGACCCGCAAGCAGCCAGAUGUGGAUCGCGUGACGAAGACGUACAAGAGGAAGAGCACAGAGCCGCCCAGCGGGCUGGCCGAGAAAUCGCGCACACGCAAGCCUCUCUCUCAGGGCCAGGCGGUGCCGGUCCCAGCGCUGUCCCAGUCCAGCAGCCCGCGGGUCACGCAGCUCUCUGCACGCUGGCAGCAGGUUUGGCUCCUGGCGUUGGACCGCCAGCGCAAACUCAAUGACGCCCUCGACAGGCUGGAAGAGCUGAAGGAGUUUGCGAACUUCGACCUGGACGUGUGGCGGAAGAAGUACAUGCGCUGGAUGAACCACAAGAAGUCGCGGGUGAUGGACUUCUUCCGCCGCAUCGACAAGGACCAGGACGGCAAGAUCACGCGGCAGGAGUUCAUCGACGGCAUCCUGGCCUCCAAAUUCCCCACCAGCAAACUCGAGAUGACGGCAGUAGCCGAUAUUUUCGACCGUGAUGGCGAUGGCUACAUCGAUUACUAUGAGUUUGUGGCUGCGCUGCACCCCAACAAGGACGCCUACCGCCCCACGACGGACGCUGACAAGAUCGAGGAUGAGGUGACCAGGCAGGUGGCGCAGUGCAAGUGCGCCAAGAGAUUCCAGGUGGAGCAGAUUGGAGAGAACAAGUACCGGUUCUUCCUUGGAAACCAGUUCGGAGACUCCCAGCAGCUGCGGCUGGUGCGGAUCCUGCGCAGUACGGUGAUGGUGCGGGUGGGAGGGGGCUGGAUGGCCCUGGACGAGUUCCUGGUCAAGAAUGACCCCUGCAGAGUGCAUCACCCUGGGAAUAAACCCCUUCGCUCAGAGUCCAGCAGCUCCAUAGCCACUCAGUCUCCAAUAGCUCGUGGCCGCACCAACCUGGAGCUGAGAGAGAAGUUCAUCCUCCCCGAGGCAGCGUCCCAGGGACUGGCUGCCUUCCGCUCCCGGGGUCGAAGGUCGAAGCCGGGGUCGCGGGCCGCCUCACCCACUCGGUCCAGCUCCAGUGCCAGCCAGAGCAACCAGAGUGCUGCCUCCGUCCCGUCGUCACCGGCAACGCCCACCAGUGGAGCCAGGACACCGCACACUCAGGCUCGGGGCUAUGCCAAGCCCUGGCUGGCUCACAGUAAGAGCUGCACUGCGGCCAAGAGCCCGGCCUGCCCUGAGCACAGCCAUGCUGCCGGCCUCGAGGCGUCUUCGGGCUCUAAGCUGAAGCGCCCCACCUUCCACUCCAGCCGGGGGUCCCUGACGGGAGAGAACGGGAGCCAGCCGUCACCCUCCGGCGCCAAGCCCAGCCGCCCCGACUCGAAGAGGGCGCCGGCCUCGUCCAGCCGCGCGGGCAGCAGAGCGGGCAGCAGGGCCAGCAGCCGGCGGGGCAGCGAUGCCUCCGACUUCGACCUGCUGGAGACGCAGUCGGCGUGCUCCGACGCCUCCGAGACCAGCGGGGGGCGCCGCGGUGGCACCAAGCCCUCCAAGAUCCCCACCAUCUCCAAGAAGGCGUCCUCGUCCUCCACCUCCUCGGCCACGCCCAGCCCCAAGGCCCCCGCCAGCAAGAGAUAGUCACGGGAGGGCCAGGAGAGGGCGCUGCAGAGAGACCACGGCUGUGGCACACACACGCAGGACAGGGGGCAGGAGCCCGGCUCAGCCGAGCUCUGCACUGCCCAGAGGACUCUUCCUGACUGUUCUGAUGUUGUACCCUCGGCCUUCAUCUCCUCCUCUGGCCUUCAUCCGCUGCAGCGCUGACCACUGGACUGACUGACCGCUGGCUCCUCCGCUCUCGGCUCUCAGCUGUGGAAGGCCAUGAACGUUCCCGCCGGAGACUCAGACUUGGGGAGCGGCGGCGAUGCCCCGCUCCUGUCCCGCUCCUGGCUCUGUGCGCUGUUCCCAGCAGGCGGGAGGGAGCGGACAGCGGCCCGGCGUCUCCUGCCUCCCGGGGACGGGCAGCAGCACUGGGACAGAGCGAGGGCGUGUGCGUCCUCUGUGUCUUCGGUACUCCUGCCGAGCGGCAUGAGAGCUAUCCCAUCAGGCCGUGCGGCUGACUGCAGAUGCCACAUGGCAUGUGUGUGUUGUGGGGGAACACAGAGACCCGUUUUUGUGGAACGUGGGGAAAACAUGCCUUCUGGAUGAAUUGGAAAGAGGAUAGAGACUGGGGGAGGGCUGGGAAAACGGCGGGACAUGAUGUACUUGCACUCCUGCCAGCCCAGUGGUUCAUGCAGGCAGUGACGUCGUACUGUCAGUAUCUUUCAGUUUCUGUUUUUAGUAUUUAUAUUUUUCAAGGGUGAUCUUAGUGGCCCGGAAGCCCUGCUGGCUCGGUGGAUGUGGGGGAUUUCCGCGGACAGCCGUGGGCUCCGUGUGUCGACUCCUGACAGUUCGGUGUGAGUCUUAGCUCAGUCACAAUGUGUUACAGACAUCGAUGGGUCAUCUGCCUGCUUCUUAGAUGGCAAGCAGCUGUGAAUGUUACUGAUCCUUUUAUCACUGUUAUCUGGUUAAUUUAAAAGCCGUGUGAGUGUCUUUUUCAAUUGUUUUUGUUUUGUUUUGAAUAAGGAAGACCUUAUUUAUUAUUUUAGCAUCAUAUCUUCACCGGAGUGUAAUACCGAUUUGUAUUAUUGUUUUGUUUCUGACGCCCGGAUGUGCCUGUGUCUCUCGGGCGAGAGAGCAGGCCCCUCCUGUGUAGAGCCUCUGGCCCGGUUCGGCCCAGUUCGGCCCGGAGAGCAGCUGUCCCUCCACGCUGCCGAAGUGCCUGGAGGGGCCGGGGCCCAAGCGUGCACCAAUUAACGAACUGUCUCGGAAAAAGAUUAUGAAAAACAAAACUUUUUUUGUUCUCUUUUUGUAUUAAAAUAUUGCUUGCAGUAAAAAAGGAAACAGA